AUGGAAGCACUUCAAAGACUUCGCACCGCGCGAAGCGAAACCAACCUACGGCGCAAGCCCGUAUCACCGAUUCCUCCGCUCCCGAGCCAGCCUCUGCCGCCCUACUCAUCCUCGAAACCGUACGAUAAAGACGCCGCCCUUGGCCUAGGCAUCCAAACCUAUAUAGUCCCAGUGGACGGAUACGAUUCAGACGGCGGCCGUCGCGACGCGUGGAAUGAAGACAACGCGCCUGGGACGAGCCAGAGGCCAAUGAUGCCGCUUCCCCUACGUAUUCCUGGACGUCGGGCUCCUUCACCGGCCCCGCAGACACCACAAACCACGACGCAAGUACGCCAUGAAGUUCAGGUUGAGACGCAGACGCAUGCGCACGUUCAGAUGAUGGCGGAGACGGUUUCCCCAGAAGAGGUUCCAGGACUCACCCCAAGCAUACAGGCGAAACCAGGCGCCUUCAUGAGCAGAAGCAGACCUACCUCGCCAUCACCGAUCUCUCUCAGUCCCGCCACACCAGACAGUGCAUCUGGCGUCUUCCCCUCCACCGAGACCGAGGAGGCAGCAGCCGCCCCGGCCAAGAAGAACUUCUUCAAGAACGCAGCAGACGAGACGGCCUUUUUUGCCAGCGGGCUCAUUUCCCACCCGGCCGAGUCUACCAAGCACUAUACCAUCUUGCGCCACUCGGCUGGCAUUGUUAUGUACAAGGGCCCAGAGACUUCGGUCACCAUCUCCAUCUUCUCGUCGGAACCGCUACCUGUGGACCGUACGCUGUGGCUGCAGCAGCGCGGCUUCUCGGGCGACAAGGGCAUGAAGCUCAAGACGUUGGUUGGCGCGACGGGAUCCUGGAUCAACGUGACGCCUGUUUCGCAUGUCGAUGUGUCUGCGGUGCCAGAGGGCGACGAACGGGCUUUCCAGAGAGAUAGUGCCAAGUGGCUCAAGAAGGCGGCCAAGGCCGGCGGUAAGGUCAGCAAGCACGUGUGGCGAGAGACGCACGUCGUGAGGAUCCCCGCCGCCGCCGAGGACGGCUACUUCCGCAUCAUCCUGUGCGCCUCGUCCAGCAGCAGCUCCAGCGAUCACUACGCGCAGAGAACAUCGCCGUAUUAUGACGACGGCACAGUACGCCCGCCACCCAAAAAGAAGACGCUGUGCUGCAGCCCCGUCUUCCGGAUCUUGAGCGCCAGCAAGGACGUGAGCGUCCUGCGCGGUGCCAGCGUGACCACCAUGCCCCUCGAGAUGGGCAUCAAGGUUGCCAGCACGGUCGGCAUCGUAUACGCGAGCAAGUACACCAAACCUGUCACCAUGGCUGCCGGUGCGGCGCAGGGUCGGGCUGCCACCAUGGUGACCAAGAAGAUCAAGCAUUCCGAGACGAUUGCCAAGGUCGGCAUGAAGGCUUACGACAAGUCCGGGAUGCAAGGGCGUCUCGUCGAGGCCAACAACAGGUACAACGCGGAGCACGCGGCAGGCAGGUACAAUACCAUUGGUCAGAGGCCUGCUGUGUUUGGCGAGAACACUGUCGGUCCCGACGAGGGACCGGAGCAACCGUUCCCAAUCAAGUUUGGUGGCAAGGUGGUCAGGGGAACUGGGAGGGGCGCCAGCGAGCUGAGCAUGCCGACUGCGAACCUAGACGACGUUCCCGAGGAAAUGCGCCAGCGUCUUCGGGGUGUCUACUUUGGCUGGGCAUGCGUGCAGCCGAACGGCAGUAAGAAGGCACAGCCACUAGACGAGGCCAUCGACCCAGACUGGCACGAGGCGAUCAUAACGGUCGGGGUGCCGACGCACAGCGUCAACCCGGCCGUCGUGACGCAACGCCCGAUCGUCACGGUGCACCUUGUCAACGACUUUGGGCCGGGCGUCACCUUUUUCGAUGCUAGAAUGAAGCUCGUCGUUAUGGGCUACCUGCGCCCGACCCUGACAGGGAACGGCACAACGGCUCCCCCACCGUUGGAGCAGCACCUGCACUGCCUCGCCAUGGACAGGAUGCUGACGCUGGGCAGCCUAGCGCGAGAGGCGUGGGCUCCCGAGGUGGCGAAGGACCAGAUCCGGGAGCUGAAGAACGCGAGGACGUUUUCUGAUCGUCUGGUCGGCGCGAGGGAUAAGGCGCAGAUGCAGUUUGACCGCGUGCCGGUGCACCUGCUCGGUGUGCGGACCGAUGCCGCUGCCUCACAGGAGCUCACGGCGGAGUUCAACAAACUCCUCUCCUCACCUUCGAACUUUGCACUCCUUGCUACUAUCUCGUCCGAAUCCCUCAAGCCCGUCACCCUCCUGACCUCGUCGCCAUCCUCCUCCUUCGACGACAACCUGAACGAUCUCCUCGCGCCACACCUCAAGCCAAAUGAAGCGCUCUACAUUCUCCUGCGCCGCCACGAUGCUGCCCCGCACCUCGUAGCGAUCACUUACAUACCGGAUCUGGCGCCCGUGCGGCAGAAGAUGCUCUUCGCGUCGACCCGCUUGACGCUGGUUCGCGAGCUCGGCUCUGAGCAUUUCCGUGACACCGUCUUUGCAAACUCGGCCGAGGAGCUGACCCCGCAGGGCUUCAAGAAGCAGGAUGCUCACAGCGACAUGGCUGCUCCGCUUACUGAGGAGGAGCGGACUCUUGGGGCGGUUAAGCGCGCCGAGCAAGAGGCUGGCGCUGGUACCGGUGUCAGAGAGAUCCAUCUCAGCAAGAACCUGAACAUGCCGAUCGAUGAGGAGGCCUUGCAGGCGCUCAAGGAGCUGGCGGAUGAGAACGGGACCAGGACUCUUGUGAUGAUGAAAAUCAACCCCGAGACCGAGACCGUUGAGAACCUUGCGACUUCGGCCACCCCGGGCACAAUCAGCGAGCUUGUGUCCGAGAUUUCGGCUACGGAGCCGCGCUUCACCUUUUACCGCUACACCCAUCAGCACGGCGGCGAGACGCAGCGCCCGAUCCUAUUCUUCUACACAUGCCCGACCAGCACCACUGGCAGGGUGGCCAUCAAGUUCCGCAUGUUGUACCCGCUGAUGAAGCGCGCCGUGCUGACGGCGGCCGAGAAGGAAACAGGCGUUGUGCCGGAGAAGAAGUUUGAGGUCGAGGAGACGAGCGAGAUCACGGAGGAAUCUGUGCUGUCCGAGCUGCACCCUCAGGUUGAGCAAAAGAAGGCGUUCAGCCGGCCCAAGAGGCCUGGUCGCUGA